AUCAUUUUUCUGUUAGAACCAAUGCAAAAAUGGCGGAGGCAGACUCUUGGGACGCCGAGUCGUUCGAGCCGGACGAGCCGACGGUGAAGCCGGUCGUGUUGGACAGGUGGGAGGGGGAAGACGACGAUGAAGACGUGAAGGACAACUGGGAUGAUGAGGAAGAAGAAUUGGAAGAAGAGAAGAACACAGAAACAAAACCGUCAGAGAAGAGCAAAGUUAAUGAAAAAACAGAAGAAAAGCAACCGUCUGAAAGAAAAAAACAGGAGCAGCUGAGAAAAAGGUUAGAGGAAACCCAGGGAAGCACAGAUGUCACACGAGAGGAGGAUUUAGCUGAGAAACCACAGAAGGAUGCCGAUCUGAGAAGAACAAAUGAAGCUUUGGGUGUCUCGAACAACAUAACAGGGAUAGAUGCCAUAAGUCCGACCUCGAGAGACGACUUCACGGAGUUUGAGAAGCUGCUGAAGGACAAGAUCUCUCCCUAUGAGAAGUCUAUACAUUAUUCCGGUUUCCUAGAGUCUUUGUUUCGAGACCUCUGCCUCUCAUUGGAGGUGGAGGAUUUGAAGAAGAUCAACACUUCAAUCACAGUUCUACUCAGUGAGAAACAGAAACAAGAGAAGCAGCAAAAUAAAGGAAAGAAGAAGAAGAAAGGAACUGCUUCUGGAGGACUAAAGGCCAAGAUGAAAGACGAUCUUGCAGACUACGGGGAGUUUGAUGGAGGAUAUGCACAGGACUAUGAGGACUUCAUGUAAUAACUGGUAUCAUAUCAUUCACUGUGCUGCUGCUCAAAGCCAUCCAUCCGAACCCCUACAUUCAAACUACAUGUGUUGAAUAUUAUUAUAAACAACAUCCUGGUAUGGUUAUUUCUUGUAGGAAAUAAUCAGUAUUCAUCGGUCAUUCUCCCAAAAGAGAUAGCAAAAAUUUUGCAUAUCAAAAAGAUGGAAAACAGUUCUCCAUGUUGGAAAAUGACCAACAUAUUCAUCACAGUGGUCAACUGAAGAAAAAACAAACCUACCUUGUUAAGAGGAGCUUCAUUUGACACUCUAUGCAAAUUCUGUGUAAAAAUGUGUUAUGUUUUUAUCUGAUGGUGUUGUUUGACAUUUCUGAAAUGUAACUGGGGAAUACGUGACAUUUUUAGAUGUAAAUUCCUCCAAAACGUGUGUAGGCCUGCAAUUAGAGCAUUAAAUUUGGUUGAAAGAAAGGUUGGGUAACACGGUGCCUGCAAUGUCUGAGGUGUUACUGCGUCACUCACCGGCAGACAGAGACCUGGCUCUGGUGUUCGCCUGACAGUUUUACUGUAGUGUAUAUAUUUGGGGAUUUUAGAAGUUGUAGCUUCUACGGAAUAAGUAAGAGUGAAGCAACACACAUCCACAUUAACCUCCAUUUGAUUCUGUGUUUUCAUGUUAAAGUCUUAGCAUCGUAUCGCCUUUACUGCACAUUCUCGUAUAAUUUUUUUUUCUUUAUGCCAAAAUUUGCACUGAAAUCUGUCCACACUGCUGCAGCAAAUCACUGCACAGCUUUGCUGGUGCUGGAGUUGAAAAUCCUGUCCAACAAGGCAGUUAGAGGACUGCAGCAUAGCUAAUGUUGGUGUUUCUUGUCCCACAAGCUCAGUAAGCAUUUAAGUUUCUGUCUCCUGGCUUUAGGUUGCAGUGGUAUGUUAGUGGAUGGAAAAAACAAAUGUGACACAUACACACAGAAAAUCUCUGUGAUUUCGAAGAUGUCAAAAUUCUAACCUUCUGUUCAAGAAUAUAUUUGUUAGGCUGGCUUUACAUGGUGCAGCUGGAGUGCAGCUUCAGUUCCUUGCAGGCUUUAUUGUGUUGGAUGACCAUCCAGUGGAAAUCAUACAUUGGGUUUGUAUUUGCACUGUGAAGCAAAGUUUCAUUUGAAACCUGUAAACAAAUUGCACAAGUAGUUUCCACAUAGCUGGUAAAAACCCAUGGCAGAGGUGUGAGGACUGAACUGAAUGUUCAUUUUUGGGAAGUGUUUGGACAGAAGUAUGGACCAAAUGUGUUUUAUCAGAAUGAGUUAUACGUAUUUAUUUUCACCCUUGCACUUUAGUGUUAUUAAACAUUUCCUGAACUGGUUGUUUAAAUGACAGUGUUGUGUUUUUAUUAUUGGAACCCUAAUUUGAU